AUGAGCGACGAGUACAAGACAUCGCCGUAUAGGCGCUACAAGAACGACCCCGAGGCCGGCAACAGCAACGAAAACUAUGAAGAGGAUGAAGAUGAAUGCUCUGGGCCUUUCAACAUUGUGCGCACAAAAAGGGCUCCAGUCGACCAGUUGCGCAGGUGGAGGCAAGCUGCGCUGGUAUUGAAUGCCUCUCGACGAUUUCGGUAUACAUUGGACUUGAAGAAAGAAGAAGAGAGGAAGGAAUUAAUUGCAAAAAUUCGAAUGCAUGCUCAAGUCAUUCGGGCUGCUGUUCUUUUCCAAGCAGCUGGCAAAGGAUUGAGCGUUCCAGGAUCUGCAAAGUCACCUUCAACCUCUACACCAACUCGAGUUGGAGAUUUCGGUAUCAGUGCUGAAGAAUUGGUAUCAUUGUCCAGGGAGCAUGAUAUGUCUCUUCUGCAGCAAAGUGGAGGGGUGAAGGGAGUGGCUGAGAAGUUGAUGUCUGAUGCCGACAAAGGUGUACCUGGUGAUGACAAUGACAUCAUAAAUCGAAAGCAGGCUUUUGGAUCAAAUACAUAUCCUCGAAAGAAAGGACGCAGUUUCUGGAUGUUCGUCUGGGAAGCUUGCAAGGAUACGACAUUGAUCAUCUUGAUGGUGGCUGCGGCUGCCUCCUUAGCACUCGGUAUAAAGACCGAGGGUAUAAAAGAAGGUUGGUAUGAUGGAGGAAGCAUUGCAAUGGCAGUAUUUAUCGUCAUUAUAUUUACAGCGGUAAGUGACUACAAACAAUCCCUUCAGUUUCAAAACUUGAAUGAGGAGAAGCAGAAUAUACAAAUGGAGGUUGUUAGGAAUGGACGUAGAACUAAAAUUUCAAUAUUUGAAAUAGUCGUUGGCGAUGUUGUUCCUCUCAAAAUUGGUGAUCAGGUUCCUGCAGAUGGGAUUGUUAUAUCUGGUCAUUCUCUUGCAAUCGACGAGUCCAGCAUGACAGGAGAGAGUAAAAUUGUCCACAAGGACCCAACAAGGUCACCUUUUCUCAUGUCGGGAUGCAAGGUGGCUGAUGGGUAUGGAAGCAUGCUGGUAACAAGCGUGGGAAUUAAUACAGAAUGGGGCUUACUUAUGGCGAGCAUAUCAGAGGAUAAUGGGGAAGAAACGCCAUUGCAGGUAAGAUUAAAUGGUGUCGCGACAUUUAUUGGAAUGGUUGGUCUGAUAGUGGCAGUGGCGGUGCUGAUAAUACUUGUGGUCAGAUUUUUCACUGGGCAUACCAGAACCCCCGGAGGUCAGGUCCAAUUUGUUGCUGGGAGGACUGGUGUUGGAGCUGCAAUAGAUGGCUUCAUUGGAAUAUUCACUGUUGCCGUGACCAUUGUCGUUGUGGCAGUGCCAGAAGGUCUUCCAUUGGCUGUAACUCUGACGCUUGCAUAUUCAAUGAGAAAAAUGAUGGCUGAUAAGGCAUUGGUCAGAAGAUUAUCAGCUUGUGAAACAAUGGGUUCAGCGACCACUAUAUGCAGUGAUAAAACUGGGACCCUUACUCUGAAUCAGAUGACCGUGGUUGAGGCAUACACUUGUGGAGAAAAGAUUGAUCCACCUGACAAUAAGUCCGUGCUUCCUGUUAGAGUUGUCUCAUUACUUAAUGAAGGCAUUGCGCAGAACACAACUGGAAGUGUCUUUGUGCCUGAGGGUGGUGGAGAACUUGAGAUUUCUGGAUCACCAACAGAAAAGGCCAUUCUGCAGUGGGGUUUAAAUCUUGGGAUGGAUUUUGGUGCUGCCCGAUCCAAUUCAGAGAUAAUUCAUGCUUUUCCCUUUAACUCUGAGAAAAAACGAGGUGGUGUUGCUGUGAAACUGUCAAAUUCCGAAAUCCGUGUUCACUGGAAAGGUGCUGCGGAAAUAGUCCUUGCUUCUUGUACGAGUUACAUCGAUGCAAAUGAUAAUGUGGUCCAGAUGGAUGAAGAUAAGCUAUCGCUUUUUAAAAAAGCAAUUGAAGAUAUGGCUGCUGGAAGCUUGCGUUGUGUUGCUAUUGCAUAUAGAACGUGUGAACCGGAGAAGGUUCCAUCGACUGAUGAGGAACUGGAAAACUGGCAGUUGCCUGAGGGAGAUCUUACUUUGCUUGCAAUUGUCGGUAUCAAGGAUCCUUGUCGGCCUGGUGUCAGGGAAGCUGUCCAAUUGUGUAUCAAUGCUGGUGUAAAGGUUCGCAUGGUCACCGGGGAUAAUCUGCAGACAGCUAAAGCAAUAGCUUUAGAGUGUGGGAUAUUAGGGUCUGAUGCAGAUGCUACAGAACCUAAUCUAAUUGAAGGAAAGGCAUUCAGGAGCUUAACUGAUACGCAGAGAUUAAAUGUGGCUGAUAAGAUUUCGGUAAUGGGCAGAUCAUCACCUAAUGACAAACUCUUGCUUGUCCAAGCUCUAAGGAAAAAAGGACAUGUUGUUGCUGUCACUGGAGAUGGUACAAAUGAUGCACCCGCUCUACAUGAGGCUGAUAUUGGACUUGCAAUGGGUAUCCAAGGGACAGAGGUUGCGAAAGAGAGUUCCGAUAUCAUAAUACUGGAUGAUAAUUUUGCUUCUGUUGUGAAGGUUGUCCGAUGGGGUAGAUCAGUAUAUGCCAAUAUCCAGAAAUUCAUUCAGUUUCAGCUUACAGUUAAUGUUGCAGCUUUGGUAAUUAACGUUGUUUCCGCGGUUUCCUCUGGCAAUGUUCCGCUGAAUGCGGUCCAGCUGCUGUGGGUAAAUCUUAUCAUGGACACACUUGGAGCUCUCGCACUGGCCACAGAGCCUCCUACGGAUCACCUGAUGCGUAGAAAACCUGUUGGCAGAAGGGAACCUCUAAUCACAAAUAUUAUGUGGAGGAAUUUGAUAAUACAGGCUCUCUAUCAAGUGACUGUCCUGCUAGUCCUCAAUUUCGGGGGAAGGAGAAUCCUUAAUCUGCAACAUGAUACACCUGACCAUGCCUUCAGAGUGAGGAAUACAUUGAUAUUCAAUGCGUUUGUCUUCUGUCAGGUGUUCAAUGAAUUUAAUGCUCGAAAGCCAGAUGAAAUCAAUGUGUGGAGGGGCGUUACCAAAAAUCAUCUUUUCAUGGGAAUAAUUGCCCUUGAAGUAGUGCUUCAGGUUAUUAUCAUCUUUUUUCUGGGGAAGUUUGCCUCGACAGUUCGCCUCAGUUGGAAAUUGUGGCUUGUGUCCCUUGCCAUUGCUUUUGUCAGUUGGCCUCUUGCUGCUGUUGGAAAAUUAAUUCCCGUUCCGGAGAGAAACUUUGGAGAUUACUUCAAAUUUAAAAGUCGUAAACAAAAGAAUCCAAGCGGUAAAGGGGGGGAUGCUCCAUUAGAAGGUUCUGCAUGA